UUCUGUCUGAAUGUUGGAGUCUUGAACAGAACCAUUUGUUUUGACUCUUUAGCUGUGAACCCUCUUCCUGUAAGCCUCUCAGGGUGACUGCAGUCCAGAAAAUGGAGGAUUUUGAGGAGGAGCAGGAGGACGGAGCCAAACCUUCAGCCUGCAGGAAACAAGCUGGACCCUCGGAACCAGCAGGUCAGAGACGGAGGUCAGAGUCUCCAGGAUCCAGUUGUCCGUCGAUGAAGAGUGACCAUUCCAGAGAUAUCCCUGUAAACUUCAGAAAUGAACCUCCAGACACAAAAGGUCAGAGAUGGAGGUCAGAGUCUCCAGGAUCCAGUUGUCUGACUAUGAAGAGUGACCAUUCCAGAGAUAUCCCUGUAAACUUCAGAAAUGAACCUCCAGACACAAAAGACGAGAGAUGGAGGUCAGAGUCUCCAGGAUCCAGUUGUCCGUCUAUGAAGAGUGACCAUUCCAGAGAUAUCCCUGUAAACUUCAGAAAUGAACCUCCAGACACAAAAGGUCAGACACAGAGAGCAGAGUCUCUAACAUCCACCCGUCCAUCUAUGAAGAGUGACCUCUUCAGAAACACCCCUCCACAUGACAAUAAUGAACCCUCAGACACAGAGGUAAAGGAGAUUAGUGGUGUUUGCAGCAGUUUUGUACAAGAUGUUGGUCUGCAGGAAGUUUUGAAAGAACAUAAGAUCAGUCUGAAGAGGAGAUGUGAAUGUGUAACUGAAGGAAUUGAUGAGACAGGAAGUAGAACCCUCCUCAACAAAAUCUAUACAGAGCUCUACAUCACAGAGGGACAGAGUGAAGAGGUUAAUACUCAACACGAGGUGAGGCAGUUGGAGAAGGCUACCAAAAUGAAGGCCCUUCAUGACACACCAAUAAGGUGCCAUGACAUUUUUAAGCUUUUACCUGAUCAACAUGGCGUCAUCAAAGUGGUUCUGACCAAGGGUGUUGCUGGUAUUGGAAAAACCUUCUCAGUGCAGAAGUUCACUCUGGACUGGGCCGAGGGCUUGGAGAACCAAGAUGUCAGUGUGGUGGUUCUGCUUUCAUUCAGGGAGCUGAACUUUAUCAAAGAUGAGCAAUACAGUCUUCUCUCGCUGCUCCAUGUUUUCCAUCCAACACUCCAGACGCUCCUAGCAGAGCAGCUGGCUAAAUGCAAACUGCUCUUCAUCUUUGAUGGCUUGGAUGAAAGCAGACUUUCACUGGACUUCAACAACAGUCAACUGGUUUCUGACGUCACACAGAAGUCAUCAGUCAAUGUUCUGCUGACAAACCUCAUCAAGGGGAACCUGCUUCCCUCGGCUCUAAUCUGGAUAACUACCAGACCUGCAGCGGCCAAUCAGAUCCCUGCUGAGUGUUUUGACAGGUUCACAGAAGUACGAGGCUUCACCGACACCCAGAAAGAGGAGUACUUCAGGAAGAGGUUCAGUGAUGAAGAGCUGUCCAGCAAAAUCAUCUCCCACAUCAAGACCUGCAGGAGCCUCCACAUCAUGUGUGGAAUCCCAGUUUUCUGCUGGAUCACUGCUAUGGUUCUGGAGAAAAUGUUGACCUCAGAGCAGAGAGGAGAGCUGCCCAAGACCAUGACUGACAUGUACUCACACUUCCUGCUGGUCCAGACAAAGAGAAAGAAGAAGAAAUACCAUGGAGGACAUGAGAGAAGUCCACAGGAGCUGAUGGAGGCUGACAGGGAAGUUCUUCUGAAGCUGGGGAGGCUGGCAUUUCAACAUAUAAAGAAGGGAAACAUCUUGUUUUAUGAAGAAGACCUGGAGCAGUGUGGUCUGGAUGUGACGGAGGCCCUGACUUACUCAGGAGUUUGUACAGAGAUCUUCAAAAGAGAGUUUGUAAUAUUCCAGAAACCAGUCUACUGCUUUGUUCAUCUGAGCAUCCAGGAGUUUCUGGCUGCAGUGUAUAUGUUCCACUGUUUCACCACCAGGAACACAGAGGAGAUUGAGAGAUUCUUGGGUAGAAAAUGCAGGAAAUUCUCUCUUCAAGAUUUCCUGAACAUAAUGAUGGAGAAAGCUUUUAGAAGUAAAACUGGCCACCUGGAUCUGUUCAUUCGCUUCCUUCAUGGUCUCUCUGUGGAGUCCAACCAGAGACUUCUAGGAGGUCUGCUGGGUCAGACAGAUAUCAGCCCAGAAGCCAUCCAGAGAAUCAUCAACAAGCUGAAGAAGAUGAACACUGAUAGAAUCUCUCCUGACAGAAGCAUCAACAUCUUCCACUGUCUGAUGGAGCUGAAUGACCAGUCAGUUUAUCAGGAGAUCCAAGAAUUCAUGAAGUCAGAAAACAAAUCAAAUAAGAAACUCUCAGAGGUUCAUUGCUCAGCUCUUGCCCAAAUGCUGCAGAUGUCAGAGGAGGUUCUGGAUGAAUUGGACCUGGAGAAGUACAACACAUCAAAUAAGGGGCGACUGAGACUGAUUCCAGCUGUAAGGAAUUGCAAAAAGGCUCGAUUUUUUAACUGUGGACUCUCAUGGAAUCACUGUGAAAUUGUGGCCUCUGCUCUUAAGUCCAACCCUUCCCAUCUGACUGAGCUGGAUCUGAGCUGGAAUGAACUGAAAGACUCUGGAGUAAAGACUCUGUGCACAGGAAUGGAGAGUCCAAACUGCAAGCUAGAGAUGCUGAGGUUGGAGCUUUGCAGUUUGUCAGAGGUCAGCUGUUCAAAUGUGGUCUCAGCCCUGAUUUCCAAUCCAUCUCACCUGACAACACUGAACCUGAGUGAGAACAGCCUGAAAGAUGCUGGGGUGAAGGAGCUCUGCCGUUUUCUACAGAGUCCUCAUUGCAAAAUACACACUCUGAGAUUAUGGGGUUGCAGUUUGUCAGAGACCAGUUGUAAUUAUCUGGCCUCUGCUCUGAAGUCCAACCCGUCCCAUGUGACUGAACUGAACCUGAGCUGGAACUACAACCUGAAAGAUGCUGGCGUGAAGGAGCUCUGUGGUUUUCUACAGAGUCCACACUGCAAAAUAAGGGAUCUGAGUUUAAAGGACUGCGGGUUGUCAGAGAUCAGCUGUUCUUCUCUGGCCUCUGCUCUCAAGUCCAACCACUCCCAUUUGACAGAACUGGACCUGAGUGAGAACUCCUUGAAGGAUCCAGAUGUGAAACCUCUCUUGAAGCUUGUGAAGAGUCCAGGCUGCAAACUGAAGACUCUGAAAUGGAGGUUAAUGUCUUUAGAAUGAAAAGUCUACAAGCUGUGGCCUGAUGAUCCAGAUGUUGAAGCAGCAGCUGGUCUGAGGAAACUCCUACUGGCUCAUCAUGAUGGAGCUCAUGUUUAGUUUUCCCCUUCAGUUUUUCAUGCACAUAUUUAAUAUAAUGAGACUGAUGUCUUUAAAUACUAAAUAUAAAAUUAAAACUAAGCUGCAGUCAUUACAAUCCUUCAUCUGCAUUUGGAUAUAUGUUGAUACUAAAAUGUAAUGUAUAAUAAAGUUAUCUUCAAAAGUA